AUGACUAGUCAAAUAUUAGACCUAGUUAGGCGUUUCAAGGUGUUGUGUGAAAGGAAUCCAGAUAAGUCAGAAGCUGUUGUUGCUAUUGAAGUCCUUGCGCAACUUCAUGAAUGCUCCGAUGUCACAACAGUUCAAGGUCUUCAUGAUGUAAUGAAUACAGCUAUAGAGCGUAUGUGGAAAGAGGGAGUCAGCAAUCUCUCGGUUAUAUCAGCUUGUGAAUUAUUCCAGCGUUUUAUUACGCUAGCAACACUGGAUACAGUCGAUUUUGAUGAAUGCAAAAAAGUUCUUUCUGAGAGGGCCCAGAUAUUUAUCAGAAAGGUCGGUUCAUGUAGGCGAAAAAUAGCAGAAAACUUCCUGAACUACAUCCCUAAUGGUUCAGUGAUAUUCUUACACUCUUAUUCCCGUGUUGUUCUUGCUGCACUGGCGUAUGCUGCAUCUACUCAAAAGCGUCUUCAUUGUUAUGUGACAACGUGUGCACCUAGCGGGCUGGGUGCAAAAAUGACGAAAGCGUUAGCUAAAUUAAAAAUUUCCUGUACUCUUGUUCCAGACAACUCUCUUGCUUACCUAAUGCCGCAAGUCGACCUUGUUGUUUUAGGAGCUGAAGCUGUAGUGGAAAGCGGUGGAAUAUUAAAUAUGCUUGGUUCCUCACUAAUUGCAAUGACAGCAUCUUCAUUCGGUAGACCAGUUUAUGUGCUUGCAGAAUCUUUUAAAUUUAUGCGAUGUUAUCCUCUUGAUCAGCGUCAUAUUCCUGAUGAGUUCAAAUGGUCUUAUGAUCAUGAGUGUGGAUCAUUAUCACCAUCAACUCUAUUAAUUUUAACAGAUGGGAACAACUGUUUAACUCAUGAUGAAAAUAACUGCGAUUUUCCGGAAAUGAAAACAGCAUGGGCUGAUGUUGAAGCACAAAGAGUUCCCGUAAUUGAGCAAAAAAUGCCUCGAGUAGACUAUACAAGUCCAUGUUACAUUAAUUAUCUUAUAACAGAUCUGGGUGUCCUAACACCUUCAGCUUUUCCCAAUAUGAACAUAUACACAUUUCUGUACAUCUUAGUUUGUUUAUUCAAUACGAAUAUUUCAACAGUGACAACGACAAUCGUAGAUAAUGACUCGUCAGGUUCUGCAUCUCGUUUACUGGUUCUUCUAAUUGAUGGACUAAGAUGGGAUGUAAUAGCUGGUCAUUUAGAAAGUAAUACUAAUGAAUUCGGAUUCAAACGACUACAAAAAAAUGGUGCAUAUUUGCAACGUUUCACUCCUGUAUUUCCCGCAGAAUGUUAUCCGAAUAUUUACUCACUAUUCACAGAUAAUUUAGAUAGUUUCUUAACGCUUACAAAUGAAAUGAUGCUCCGAUUUUCGUUAACAGGUCGUCACCCAAUUGAUCAUGGAGUUAUUCUGCCAACAACAUUUAGUGAACAUACAACGAUUAAUGGUAAACCCAUUCGUUCACAAGUUGAAGGUCUUUGGGAGACAGGAGUAAAACAAAAUAAAGGUGUUCAUCUUUAUCAUUUGCCUAUAUGUUCUACUGAAGUUGGCGGUGAAAAUAGUUGGUAUUGUGAACCGUAUAGUCAAGAAGUUAUGAAUCCUAUGAAUUUGAAUGCUACAAUACAAAAAGCUGUGGAUGGGUUAAAAAAUGGCAGUGCUCAUUUAGCAGUGGUAUACUACGAUGAAUUAGAUCGUAUUGGACAUAGAUAUGGUCCAUUAUCUAAUGAAUUAGUUCAUAAACAUUUAGUGUAUUUGGAUCAUGUUUUAGACCAUGCAUUGAACAUCAUAGAAUCUAUACCAAAUUUAAAUUUAAUGCUAACUUCUGACCAUGGUAUGGCGACUGUCUCACAUCAAGCAUAUGCUGAUCGUUAUUUUAAAGGCUCAGAGUUGGAUAGAGUACUGAAUCGUGGAAGUACAUUGUGGAUCUGGCCUAAACCAGAAUUUGAAAACAAUGUUUAUAAUCGCUUACUAAUUCAACAAAGUAAAUCUCCUUUCACUGUAUACAAUUCAUCGACAAUCCCUUCACAUUGGGAAAUUAUGACGAAUAAUAAUAAUUCAUUAUUUCCACCGAUAUUGUUAAUCGCUUCACCGGAUUAUAUAUUUCAUUCCAAUGCAUGGCCAUUAAAAAUGAGUCAUUACAAUUUAAUCGAUCCUAAAGGAAUGCAUGGUUAUGAUCCAGAACUACCUGACAUGCAUAUUCCAUUAUUUAUUUAUGGUCCAAAUUCUAAUCGUGGUGUUCAAUUAAAUUUUACCAAAGAAAUUCGUCCAAUUCAUAUACAUAGUUUAAUGGCUUAUUUAUCAUCGAUUAAUCUGCCAGAUUUCCGUUCACUCGAUUUAUUCAAACCAUUACUUUCACACAAUUAUAAUUAUGACAAUAAUCAGUUGUCACCUGUGUUGAAUAAUUUAUAUUGGUCAUCAUCAUUAUCAUUUUCUUCAUUAUUACAUGGAGAUCGUUUUAUGAUGACUUUUCUAAUCGGAGCAGCAGCGUUAACUUGUUUCUUUGUACUAAUUUGCACUUUCAUCGUAUUAGUCUGUAUUAGGUGUCGUAUUUCAUUGAUGACUACACGUGUAGUCGGCUGUCAAGAUGAACUAAACAAGGAAUUAGUCAAGUCUGAGGUACUUUCUGAAGCUUAACUUCUCGGUCAUGCUGUGUUCUAUACUAAUGUGUACGUGUGUUCCUUGUCUUUUUUCAACUAGUCUUUAUCCCGUUUGAACAAAGAAGAAAAUAUUUAUAGCACUCAGGUUAUUUUUGUCUGAUAAAAGACCAUAUAUCUUUUUUGUCGCCAAGCUACUCUUAUUGUUUUGAUAAACCCUUUGUGAGAUCCAUUUCAAAUAGAUUAUAAACUGACCAGCACUCAAACUAACUGUGCGCCUCCACAACAAUCCUUUCUCUUCACUGGACAGAUAAUCACUAUUUUAUAGAAUAUAUAUAUGGGAUAUUUCUCAGGAUAUUAAAAUGGUCACUAAUUGUCAAUAUGAUUAUAACCGCUUUUUAAUGUAGCAAUUAUACUACUAUUACUACUGAUAAGUGUGAUGACAAUAUCAGAGUAAUAAUAAUAACAACAGCCGUUUUUUAUUAUUAAAACCGGAUACUCAGUAUAAUAUUAAUAUUCUUUUAUUAGUCGAACAUGUAGUACCUUCGUUCCUGCACUUCUUUGCGCCUUAGUAUUUCUGUAUAUGCGUGCGUGCGUGCGCACUCACCUGUCCAACCGAACAUUCAUUGUAUGCAUGUAUCAUCUACUUCACCGCCUACGCCUACGGACUUAUAUACCAAUUUCACAGAGAUGUUUUGUUUUCUUUAUUUGAGAUUUAAUAUUUGUUCAAUAAUUUAGCCUUAUUUGCCUUAGUGAUUUCGAUUCUAGUUCUCUGACUUUUUUCAUUAUCAUUAUUAUUGUUAUUGUUAUGUAUUUUAUAGGAAAAAAAAACAAAAACAGAAAACAUGUACUAUUUGCUUAGUUUAUUUCCCCUCCCCAUUACUUCUCUUUCAAUUGCUUGCUAGCUUCUCUUAAUUGGCUUUUUUUCUGUGACUUUUAUCUUACGUAAAAGAGUAUAGCAAUAGUGUAGUUAUUAAAUUUAUCAAUAUUUUUGGAAAAGAAUAUCCUGUCCUUGUUUUUUGCUUUCCCCUUGUAAAUAUUACAUAGUUUAUGGGAUAAAUCAAUCAAUAAGAAGGAAUAGUAAAAGAGAGAAGUGAGUAGUAAAGAAAAUUCAACAUAGUUCCCAUAUGAUUAAAGAGUACCAUAAACUCUAGAACUAAAUAAUGUUUUCGUAUAUACUUAACACCAUUUAAACUAAGAAUGAUUUGCCUGUUUCAAUUAUUACGUUACA